UACCGUGACGUUGAACGGUAGCCACGGGGCUUACGCCGUACUGCCAGCUCCCCGCCCCGGCUCUCUUUCCCCAGCACGGCUCAGCGGCUAAAGUUUGUCUCGAGCCAGUCUCCUCUCUCUUGUUCAUCUUCAAGUCGUUCGAGGGCUCACAAGGCGGCUCCUUGCCCGGCCAGGCUUGCGCCGCUUUCUGAUCUGCUGAGCUCCAAGUUUGUGUGAGUUGAGUCAUCGAGCACGACAUUGCCUUGACUCUCCUUCUCUUCCGCUCUCAGGGCUCAUGCGCAGAUAACCUCAGAGUCGCCCCUCCUGUCACCUCCUUGUACUUGCGUUGCAACUUGUCCCAUGCUCGACGAGCAGGACACGCCAACGUCGCCAGUACACGCGUUCGACGUGUAUGAUGCCGUGGAUUUCUCGGGCUCGCUGCUUGUGGAGUCGAGCGAAGAGACUGAGGACCGGGUGGAUGUCGCAGCAGAGGAUGACACGUCAACCGAAGAGUUUCUUGCAAGAGGGACGUCGAUAGAGAACAGCCGGUUCUCCAGCGAGCAUGAUGAUUCUGAUCAGCUGACCAUAGCGCUGGUGGACUCUGUGCGCGAAGAACUAGACAAGACAGGAAGGGGGUCCAGUGACAGCGAGCUCUUGCUCUCUCCCAUGCAAGUUCGCCUCAAGUGCCUGAGACCAGCUGAUGGCAUCCCUUCCACGCCUCUCACUGCCCUCGGCCUCAGGUAGCUCUCAUGGAUUCAUCUCCCGCUGACUCUCUCUCCCUCCCUCCCUCUCCUUCUCAUGCUCUCUUCUAGCU